UGGAACAAAAAAAAAACUGAAAUGCGCGCUCUCGCCGCGCCCGGAACCUUUCUUUGUCGGCCGCGCCUGCAGCCCGGACCUUCAUUCAUGUGCGACGGCGGGGACGAAGUGAUGGCGGUCGCCGUGCUGCAGCUGCACUGCUUGUAUCGCGGCCUGCUGGCCGUCCGCCGCCCCGCACUCUCGUGUGUUUUGCCCGGCGCCGCCUGGCGGAGCCUGCGGGUGUUCAGCGUGCGGAAAGCCCCCGAGCUCGAGGACAACCCGUUCUACGCCAAGUACGAAGAGAAGAUCCGGCAGCUGCGCAGCGCCAAGCCCCAGGAGUUUCAGGCCCGCCUGGAGAAGACGGUGGCGCUGAAGAAGGAGCCCAUCGGCCAGUCCAGGCAGGGGGACUUCAUCCAGCUGAUGGAACAACAGGCAAAGCAGCUGGGCAGUGGAGCUUCAGGCCCUGGAGGAUUUACUAAAAACAAGACGCUGGCAUCCGUCCUCAACGUCGACCUCAUCAAAGAGAAGACAGCUGAAGAAAUUGGUGAGAUUUGGAGGCAGCACUUCAGAGCCAAGGACACCAUCUGUGCCAUCAUCCCGGCAGAGACGUUUGAGCAGAUGUGCCAGCGGGCGGCCUCGUGUCCGACGUUCUUGUACCCGCUGCCCCGGCACGAAGGCUACGAGUUCUUUGUGGGCCAGUGGUCCGGCCACGAGCUGCACUUCACGUCACUAAUCAACAUCCAGACGCGGGCGGACAAGGCGCCCAGCCAGCUGGUGCUCUACCACUACCCAGAGCUGCAGGAGGACAAGGGCAUCGUGCUGAUGACGGCCGAAAUGGACGCCACGACUCUGAGCCCCGCCCAGGCCCAGUGUCUGGCCAAUCAGGUGCAGCUGUUUUACGGGACGCAGCGCCAGGAGACCUUCAGCCUGGUGGAGACCUUCAACCACCAGCCUGCGGACUUCAAGCACAUGUCUGUCAUUGCUGAGCUGGAGCAGACUGGCGUGGGCAUGGGAGCCCAGGCAAAGUGACUGCACAUUGGCACCUGGGCUCACCCCACAAGGGAAUGCAGUUCUCCCCUUUUGGGUUUGCAGCCCCUGAUCUUUCCAACCAGUCCUCACAGGUUAGGGGGGUCUUUGCCUCCCCUGGCAAAAAACGGGGUGCUUUGUGUGGGGUUGAGGGCCCUGGGCUGGAGUAAUUGGUGGCAUCGUGCCCCCCACAGCAAUGGGCAUUUAGAAAGCAUGAAGGAGUGUUGUAUCUGUCAAGGGUACAGGCCAAGGGCAGCUUCACCAACUGGCAGGGACAGCGGGCAGCGAGGGUGAUCCUUCAGGUCAUGGCAUCUCAGCUGGGCGUCUGUCACACCCACCGUGUGCCCAGAUUUGUGACUUGGGUGGGCUGACUGAUGAGAAGAGGCCAUCUUGUGAGGUGACAGAGUGUGCCAGGGGAGUGCCACCAGUGUCAUUUUUGUGUGAAUUUGUUUAUUUCUUGUCAUCUCUGAAUACGCACCAAAGGUGCCACUUCACAAUAAAGGGGAGUCCUUAGCAGUG